UCUUAAGACCUAAGAAGACUGAACUCUUUAUAUACCAGCUUUACCGCUAAUUUACCCCUACACCCCAACAGGACAGCCAUGUCAGAACGCGAAGCUCCGCCGCGUCUCCUCAAGCACAAAACCUGGUCUCCCAACAUGUACCGCGAGGAGACUUGGGUUCGACGGCAGGGGAACAACAACCGUCUUGGCCGCGAUAGAUGCAAGAGCGUCACCGACGACGACUUGGACGAACUCCGCGGAUGCAUCGACUUGGGGUUCGGCUUCCACCCUGAGCCGAACGAUUUGGAUCCCAAACUCGCCGAGACUUUUCCGGCUCUCGAACUCUUCUGCGCCGUUAACAAGCAGUACAACGAAUCCCUGUCGAGAUCCUCGUCGAUGUCGAACAUGGCGUUGUCGGAUAACGAUACUACGACCACGACGCCGUUGGCGGGAAGCCCUGCGCCUAGUUCGAUGUUUGAUUUAGGCGAAGAUCCAGAGACGGUUAAGGCUAAAUUGAAACAGUGGGCGCAAGUGGUGGCUUGUUCCGUGCGCCAAUCUUCGCGAAUCCCAUAAAACUACAACAAAGUUUGCCUUCCUUCACGGCACCGACAAAACAUUUAGAGGAUAUAAAUCAUGUUAAUUGAACACAGAGGUUACAACAAAGUUUGUCUUAGGGCCCGCUCUCGAGGAUAUUAAGGAGGAAGAAGUCAGUAGUUUUCACAACAUUCCUGUACAGCAUUAAACUUCUUCACAACUCAGACAAUUAGCUUUAAAAUUUUUUAAUGGUAAUGCUGGUAUGGUAGGAUAGGAUUUUCUUAUAUUUGUCAAAAUUUGAUAUUAAAUGUGGUUUCUUAAAUUAAUUUAUUGUUCAGUAUUAUUAUCGGCGUACCGCCAUCAUAGGAAAUGAUUGGUUUGUUGCAGUAAUCUAUUUUGGUUUAAAAUUUAAA